AUGAGACCUUCACAAAAGGAUUUUCAGGUUCCUAAAGAAUCUGAUAAUCUUAGUAUACAAAGUAAUGAUUCGUUAUCUUCAAAUUAUAGUGAAAAUAAUCAAAGACAGCCUAUUGCCUUACAAGAAGAUUUGUCCCGUCCUCGUACAAGAAGACAAUCGUUGAUCAGAUCCAUAACUCCACAAUCGUUUGAUUCCAAUAAGAUUUCCCGUAAAAUAUCUUCAUAUUCCGUGAAAGACAUUUAUGGUGAAUUAGAUGAAAAUAAAAUCGGUUUGAUAAGAACCAUGUCCAAGAAGUCCGUGUUAAGAACUUUAAGUGAACGUUUAGAUAAAGUUGACACCUAUAAGGAUGUUCCUGAUAUUUCUGUACCUACCAAAGAUUAUGGGAAAGAAUUCUUGGAUAUUGAUCCUGAAAUAAUUACCUGGGAAGAUGAUGAUCCUAACUUUCCUCGGAAUUGGGAUCCUAAACAAAAGUUAUUUAUGACCAUUUUGGUAUCUUUGUACACAUUGAUAUCUCCUAUGUCAUCUUCUAUUUCUUCUCCGGCAACCACAGCUAUAUCGAAAGAUUUCGGAAUCACUAAUCCUACUAUUCAAGCAUUAACAGUGUCGAUUAUGUUAUUAGCCUUCGCCUUGGGUCCUUUGAUUAUAGCUCCGUUGAGUGAGAGUGAUAAAAUCGGUAGAAGAGUCAUUUUAAAUGCUUCAAUUUGGAUUUUGAUGGUUUUUAAUAUUGGUUGUGGGUUCACUAAGUCCACUGCUCAAUUAUGUGUAUUGAGGUUUUUAGGUGGUUUGGGAGGUUGUGCAGCUUUGAAUGUUGGUGCUGGUACUAUUGCAGAUUUAUACGAUGAUGAAUCUCGUAACUUUGCCAUGGCUUUAUAUUCUAUUUGUCCCACCAUGGGUCCGGUGAUAUCCCCAGUGAUUUCUGGUUUCGUAGUGCAAAAUUUACAAUGGAGAUGGUGUUUUUAUAUUCUUUCGAUUUUCAAUGGGGCUGUAGCUAUUCUUGGUACCAUCUUUUUGAAAGAAACUUACUCUCCUAAGUUACUUAGACAAAAAGCUAUCUUUUUAAGGAAGGAAACUGGCAAUGAGAACCUUCAUACUAUUUUCGAAAUUACCGGUACUAAUUUGUCUAAAUUUGAGAUACUUAAACAUACUAUCUUAAGACCUAUAAGAUUAUUAUUCCUCCAUCCAAUGAUCCUUGGUCUUGGUUCAUUCAUGGCUUUUACCUAUGGUUUCAUGUACCUUAUGUUAGUGACAUUUCCAAGAAUUUAUGAAGGUUCUUAUGGAUUUUCAGUUGGAAUUACUGGUCUUAUGUAUGUUCCUAUGGGUGUAGGAUAUAUUUUGGGAAUCAUAGUGUGGACUUUCACCAUUCAAAAGAUCUAUCUUGGGUUGACAGCUAGAAAUGGAGGUGUGGCUAAACCGGAAUAUAGAUUACCAUGUCUUGUAUUUUCAGGUAUUGGUUUACCAGUGGGUCUUAUUUUAUUUGGUUGGUCAGCGGAGAAGAAGUUACAUUGGAUAGUUCCUAGUCUUGGUACAUCUAUAUUUGCAUUCUCAUUUAUAGCUGUUUUCCAGACAAUUCAAAAUUACUUAAUCGAUAUGAACCCUAGAUUCAGUGCCAGUUCCAUUGCUGCUGCGGCAGUAUUCAGGUCACUUUUUGGUUUCAGUUUCCCUCUUUUUGCUAACCAAAUGUAUGAUAGAUUAGGUUAUGGAUGGGGAAACACUAUGAGUGGAUUAAUUGGUUUGGCUUUGGGUAUCCCUUUCCCUAUAUUUUGUUUUAAAUACGGAGAGAGUUUGAGAGAAUGGGCUAAUAGAAAAAUCGAAGGAAACCAACAGAAGUUCGAUGAAAAGGCAUUGGACGAAGAGCAAAUUUAG